AUGGAACAAGCUUUUCUUACUAAGACGGUUGACAGAUGUGCUCACGUCUUUGAAGAAACUUCGUUCUUAGAAAUUCAUCGAUACACCAACAGCCAGAAUGAUUUAGUAAGAGAAGGAAAAUUGAAACGCGAUGAUUUUGAUGCAUUUGUGGCUAUCCAGGACCAAUUCCAUACUCCGUGCUUCCCAGAGGGAGCAGAAGGAGUUCGGAAGAUUGCCUCGUUGCGAUUAAUUAUCCAGGCGGAUGUGAAGCAUCCUGAAGCAUUUGCACCAGAUACGCUUACUUUGCUGCCGGAGCAGUACCUCAGCAUGGUAGCAAAUUUUCAUCUGCCAUCACGCGCUGUUGAGACAACAUCAGCUGUGGGUCCUGUAUUCUGGACAGAUUCAACUCACUGCGAUGGUAAAUGCUUUCCUAUUGUAGAGAUAGUGUAUCGAAAGGUCCUAAAGCAUCCCAAAGGCACAAAAGGAUUCGAAAUGAUAUUGUGCCACGAUAUCAAGACCCAUGAAACAAGGGGCUUUUUGAAAGGUGGCCUGAAAAUUCUAGAAGCCUUGGCCUAUCUCAGAAGGAGUGACCGGGACAUCAUACACCCAAUGCUGCUUCCAGUCAUUGUCCUUUCUUUGAAAAUUGAAAGCAGAAGCGAGACAUCGCAACAAGAGGCACAGAAUCAAAUUCGGCUUAUCGAAGUGCGACUGAGGAAUACCCGUCCUGUUCAACAAGCGUUCAUCAGCGAGAACGAAGGCAUAGCACUAGAAGCGGUCAACGCAGAUCUAUCCGCGUGUCAUAAGAGGGUUUGGAAACGACCAGAAACAUAUCUCGAACUCAUUGACGAGUUUCAUAACUCGCUACAGGCCAUCGCCAGCUUUUUUCCCGAUUAUUAUCAGGAAUCAGAACUGUUCAGCAUCCAUUUGAACCUGCGAUCGAGAGUUGAAUUGCUGCGCCAGCGGAUGCGAGGGAUUCAGAGCUCGGCCCACACCACCCUUUAUAGAAUUGAUAUGCAGCGCUCUGUUCUACACAACAUCCUUUUGAAUCAGCAAAAUCAAAUAGCGCUCCAAAUUGAAAAGCGGAAGCAGAAACAAGAGACAGUGAAAGAGCUUGCUAUUAGUGGGUGGAAUAGAACUCAACUCUUAUUGAGCUUGUUGGGUAGCAUUUUCCUCCCUAUGACUGUUGUUGCAGCAGUGUUCAGCACAUCUUUUUUCAAUUUCCAUCCUGGUCCCGGGGAGAAUAAAGUGUCACCAGAUUUCUGGGUUUUUUGGGUCGUCACAGCUCCUAUAACCAUCAUGUUUGUAGCUUGUUGGGCCAUCGCUGCCAUGCGGCGGGGUAAAUAG